AUGUCUGACACAGAAAAGACCUCCUUUGGCUGCCUCUGGCCCAAAUACAGUGACGGCAAGAUUUAUGUGCCUUAUGUCCUCGCCAACCACUAUUCCUCCCGUGAGGUGGAGAUCAUCAAGCGUGGUCUGCACUCUUUCUCCUACAGGACCUGUAUCCACUUCUUCCCCCGCAGCAAUGAGAGAGACUAUAUCAGCAUUGAGUCUCGCAAUGGAUGCUACUGGUAUGUUGGUCGUCAAGGUUACAGCCAGACUGUGUCUCUAGACCAUAAUGGCUGUAAAAAAAAACUUACAAAAUUGUCUGGCUUUAAUGAUAAUUACUCAGAAUUAUUUUAUGCAUUUAUUUUUAAUAGGGAAGUGUCAUGUUCCUCCUCCAUGACACCCACAGUGAAUGGGGGAACUCCCUAUGACUACAGCUCUGUGAUGCAGUACGAGAGAUAUGCUUUCUCCAAGAAUGGCCUCCCCACUAUGAUUCCCAUUCCUAACAAUAAUGCUGCGCUGGGUACAUCUACUGAGAUGAGCCAGAAUGACAUCAUCAGAAUCAACAGGCUCUACCAGUGAUGAACAAAAAACAUGCCUACAGCACCCAGACAUGCAGCCUAAACUACAACAAAAGUUG